AGUUGUGUUGAAGCAGGACACGAAAAGAGAAAGCUGUACUCGUUUCGCUUACGACCUUAACGUUUCUCUCGCCUUUGAAGCCAUGGCAACGUAUUAAAGGACUGCGAUCAGUGGGCCUGUAUUUCAUUUAAAUCUAAGUAUAGAUUAUCGUACAGAUGUAUUGGAUGUAAUGUAAGAAACUGCAAAAGAUACCUGCUGUACUUUUAGUUUUUAUUCUACCAGACUGCAUAAACCUGUCCUGUAAGCAUUCAGUUUACUACGGCUGGAUUCAGUUUCUGAAUUGCAUGCGAUAUGGUAAAAAUAGGGCGAUAUGGGUGUGAUAGUAUAGCGAAUCAUUUGCUACAUAACUACGCAUAGAAGGCAAGUCUGGUUUGAGUUUUAUCUGGAGCAAAACUAGAGACUGAGUUACUAUCGAGGCUAUUGUAACGUCGGGGCCCGAAAUGAGGGGACAUUUUAACUCGGUUACCUUUGGGAAAGUCGAGGAUCGUUAAUUGUCUUAAAUCGUUUCUGAUUGCACCAACAACUAUAGCUGUAGAUCUAGAAAUUUCGUGCUGUAGUUUAGAUUGUGGAAAUAUUCUGGAGUAAUGUUGCAUAGUGGCCGCGAGUCGAUACGAUGUUUCCGAAUCGAGUAACAGAGAGACUAAGGUGCCUUGUGAUUCUGAGGUUUACGUUAAAUGGUGUGUGAGGGGAAUUCUGUAUUUGUGAACUGUGAAACGGUAAAUGUUAAAGUGCUGCAAACGGCGUUCUCCUUGCCGCUCUCCACGAAAAUGUUAUGUUAAAAACUACUUUGUGUGCAAAAAAAACUGUGACAAGCAACCCAUAUUUCUGCAGUCUCUUAAGUGACGUCACCUUGCUGUACAGAAUGUCCACUGUGCUGUAAGAGGACAGCAGCUGAAUGGCUGGUAACGCGCACGUGCUUAUUGCAAACGAAGACACAGAAGAUGCCAGUGAAACAGAUCUGGCGAAGCAGGAUGAUGAUGACUACGUAGAAAUUAAAGAACAAAUGUACCAGGACAAAUUGGCCUCCUUAAAACGACAGCUGCAACAACUACAAGAAGGUACUCUGCAAGAAUAUCAGAAAAGAAUGAAAAAACUUGACCAGCAAUAUAAAGAGAGACUCCGAAAUGCAGAUCUUUUCCUGCAGCUUGAGACGGAGCAGGUAGAAAGGAACUACAUCAAAGAAAAGAAAGCCGCAGUGAAGGAAUUUGAUGAUAAGAAGGUCGAGCUGAAGGAAAACCUAAUAGCAGAGCUGGAGGAGAAGAAAAAGAUGAUAGAGAAUGAGAAAUUAACAAUGGAACUGACAGGCGAUUCCAUGGAAGUCAAACCUAUUAUGACACGGAAACUGAGAAGGCGACCCAACGAUCCUGUCCCCAUACCAGAUAAAAGGCGGAAACCUGCUCCCGCCCAGCUAAACUAUUUACUUACAGAUGAUCAGAUAAUGGAAGACUUACGGACACUGAACAAGCUUAAGUCACCCAAACGUCCAGCUUCACCAUCCUCUCCUGAACACUUACCAACCACGCCUACAGAGUCCCCCGUCCAGCGCUAUGAUGCCCGGAUAGAAGAAGGAAAGCUAUACUACGAUAAAAGAUGGUACCAUAAAAGUCAAGCUAUCUAUCUGGAGUCUAAGGAGAAUACAAGGAUCAGCUGUGUGAUUAGCUCAGUGGGAACAAAUGAGAUUUGGGUGAGAAAGACCAGCGACAGCACCAAGAUGAGGAUUUAUUUAGGACAGCUACAGAGAGGGGUGUUUGUGAUCCGUCGACGCUCGGCUGCAUAGACCCUCAUCUUCGGGCCCCCAUAUUCUCGGCCUUCAGUGCCCCCACAGGACAGCUCUUUUAAUCUUGCAUUAUCCAAAUCAUUGCCUCACUGCCUCAGGAGUUCUCCUUGGACUGAAAAACUGCUGUCAGAACAUGUCAAGAAGAAAAGGAGCAAAAAUGUACGCAACGCCGCGGCUGUUUUUUCUUCCUUGUCAAGUUUUGUGGAUGCAGGUGAUAGAUGUAGAGACCUUUCUUUCUGCUUUGAUUGCUAUGUUUUGAGUUUCUUGGCACAGUGUCUGGUGUGUAGGUCUUCAGGAGCCACAGUUCAGCUGAGGGUUUCGGUCAUUUUAAGUCACGGGUAAAAACCCAUAAAUAAGGGAUAAUUAUUUAGCCUUAUCUAAACUUAUUUUGCCUGUUUCCUGUGGUCUUAAGGCUGCUGCCAUUUAGGAAGACCUGUAUGACCUGCUAGAUUGCACAAAACAAAUUGCUUCAUUAACGUCAGGUGUCCUCCAUGGGCCAUAUUCUGAGAGCAGGGUGUAACUCAAUACUACAUUUUAGUUACGAGUGUUAUAUGACUGCUGACAUGUUAUGUUUGUCAGGAAUCUUCCUGCUAUGUUCUUUGAAUGGACAGUACGUGAACAGAGCCUUUACCGAAGGGGAGAAAAAUUAGCUUCUCUCAGCUCUAUGCUUUUUUUGUAUUUUUACCUUUUUUUGUAUUGGUUUACUAUUGUGAUCACUAAUUCUACUUCUCUUCAGAUGUGAAAAGCAUAAAAACCUGGUAUUGGACUUCUUAAAGUUUAAAUAUUCAACAUAAUGUUAUAAAUUACUGUGGAAUUCAAGAGCAAAAAGUGAUUGAGAAACGGAACAGCUCUUAAACGGUGCACAUGAAUCGAGAUAACUCCUAAAUGGCUGUGAUUUGUACAUUUAAUGCUUUGUCUCAUCUCUAUAAAUAUUUUUCAUCCUUUUCAUA